AAUAGGGCUCCACAGUCACUUAUGUACCCACUGCCAGGACACCAAUUUUAGAAGACAAUCCUACUCAGACAACAAGGAAUCACCUAAGUAAAAUGAGCCGUUUUAAGCAACGCCACUUGACCAGUGCCGACUGCAGAGCUUUGAUCGAGAGCAGGGAAGGCACCUCGUCGUUGACGCAGCCUUUUAGCCAAAGGCAAAGAAGCAGCCGAGAUCCAAACAGAGGCCUCUAUCCCAAUUGCCGGACCAAGAAGCAUCCCAAAGGAGCAGGUCAGUACCGUCUCAUCACCGACUACUUCCGCAAGAAGCCUCACCCCUCGCAAUGCUCAGGUAGCAUGUCGGCGAGCAACAAAAUCAAAACGGAGGAAACUGUGGACCCCCCCUUGGCUCAAGAUGAGGAUUCGUGCUCUCUUUUGGAAAGCUACGAGGAGCUAGUCGUUCCUAGCAAACGCCCACGGACUGCCUAUAAUGGUGACCAGUGGGAACAGGAUGAUGAUCAAUCCAUGCUGGAGGGGCUUCUUGAGUGCCCUCUGGGUGAUGGAAGCAUCAAGGAGGAAGUUGACGACACAGAGGUCGACCCGCUUCCGGACGCGUGUUUUGGGCUCUUGGGGACCGCAUCUUGGGAAGUGCCGCAAGGAAGCAUCGAUCAGCUGCCGGACGAAGUCCUCCAGGAGAUCUUCGCCCUUGUUCCGGCCACGGAUCUCUUCCAGAGCCUCAGCCUGGUGUGUCAACGCUGGUGGCGGAUCAUCGCUGACCAUCAAUUCAUUCCAUGGAAAAAGCUGUACCAUCAGUACCUGAAGUCCCAACCCGAAGCGCUGUUGACCAUCAAAACAAUUCUGCAGCGGUACCACCUGAGCAAAGACCAGGACCAGUGCAUGCUGGGAUUCAUCCGAUGUGUUGCUUCCAUCAAGCAGUAUCGCUGCAGGGACCCAGAGGCCAUUCUGGAAUGCUUGAAAAACCACCCCCUUUUCCCCAAAGCAGAGAUCUGCAUUGCAAACAGGCUGCCUGACCUGCAGGACUCCAAGCCCGAAGCACCCUAUUCUUGGGCGGCGAUGGCUGCCAUUGUGCUUCUCUCUGGAAGUGUCCGCAACAUCCAAGAACUGGUGGCUUGUCUCAGGAGACCCAGCUCUGCCUUGUCCUCCAUGGAUAUCAUGGAGGCACUCUACUGCAUGGGGACCCUGCUCUACGCCAUGCGGGAGAGCGACAUCCGUGUCAGUAACAGGACUCACUAUAAUAUUUUCUACUGCCUUUUUCUCUUGGAAAAUUCAAACGGUGCCCCUGUUCUCGCUGAGCCAGAAACAGCCAGUCCCAGCGACGGAAGAGGCUUUCAGAACAGUAGUUGUCCUGCUUUCCAGCCCACCUGUGAACAGCAGCAGAUCUUAAACCACGCAAUUGUCCCAAAGCAGAUUGUGAAGAUCAUGGCUUUUGCAGGCACCGGGAAGACUUCCACGCUGGUCAAAUACGCAGAGAAGUGGGCCAACCUGAGAUUCCUGUACCUAGCCUUCAACAAGACCAUCGCGGAGCAGGGAACCCGGGUCUUCCCUCCCAACGUGACCUGCAAAACGAUCCACUCUCUGGCUUUUGCAGAAGUUGGCAAGCACUACAGCCAGCUGCGCAAGCUCAACGCGGGCUCCUUGUCCUCCUACUGGGUCAGCUUCGUCCUCCAGAACCGCCAGGGGCAGUCCCCGUUCAUCCGGGCCAAGGGGGUCGUGCAGACCCUCGGCAAGUUCUUCGCCUCCGCAGACGAGGACAUCUCCUUGGAGCACACGCCCAUCUGGCGCAAGAACAACCAGGGAGAAAAGGUCCUGGUGGAGCCAGAAGAGAAGCAGAUCAUUAUCAGUGAAGCAAACCAGAUAUGGAGAAAUAUGAAAUCGCUGAGUCCGACCAGGGAAAUGGCAUACAAGAUGAUCCAUGAUGGAUACUUGAAGUUGUGGCAGCUUCAGAAGCCUUUGCUGUCUGACUAUGAUGCCAUCUUUGUGGAUGAGGCUCAGGAUUGCACCCCAGCCGUUAUGGACAUUAUCCUUUCCCAGCCGUGCGGGGUCAUCUUGGUCGGGGACCCCCACCAGCAGAUCUACAGUUUCCGGGGCGCUGUCAACGCCAUGUCCGAAGUGCCGCACACCCACAUCUACUACCUCACACAGAGUUUCCGGUUUGGUGCAGAAAUAGCCUACGUUGGGGCGACCAUUCUGGACGUCUGCAAGAAAAUUCGGAAUAAAACGCUGGUCGGCGGCAGCCAGGAAGGCGAUGUCAACGGGGUCGGCAUGACGGGAAAGGUGACCCGCUUGUCCAGGAACAACCUGACCAUCUUUGAGGACGCUGUGAAAGUUACGGAAGGAGAGUCGCCCGCCAAAAUAUACUUUUUGGGAGGGCUGAAUGCUUUUGGGCUUGAGAAGAUCCAUGAUGUUUGGAAACUCCUUCACCCGGAAUUGGGGCUGGAGGUGAAGGACUCCUUCCUCCGGCGGUGGGUCGAGAAGGGCUUCUCCGCCCUCAAGGACUACAUGGUCAAGUCGGAGGACAAGCAGCUGGAGAUGAAGAUCGCCAUCGUGGAGAAAUACCGGGAACGCAUCCCAGAGCUAUUGGAGAGGAUCAAACGGCAUCAUGCCCCCUAUCCCGAGAUGGCAGAUUAUGUCCUGGGAACCGUCCAUAAGUCCAAAGGCAUGGAAUUCGACGUUGUCCAAGUAGCGAAUGACUUUGUGACCAUCCCUCUUGCCUGGCACAAUCUCUUGAGGCUGCCCAUGUUUCGCAUUGACACCGUUCCCGCUGACGAGUGGAACCUGCUCUAUGUCGCCGUCACCCGUGCCAAAAAGCGCCUCGUCCUGCCCAAAUUCCUAAGCCAUCUCUUGACAAUGGCUGGGGAGUAUUUUUUGCGGCCUGAAUUGACAAGCGAUGUCUGCAAAGACGGGCCAGUGAAAUGCUCUGUGCGGGGCUGCCUCAAUGACAUCCCUCCAGAAUCACUUUUGACCAUGAGGAAAAUGCCCUUUGUUUAUAGCGAUGGCACCACAGACUCAGAGAGCCUCCUCUGCCACGCCUGCCUGCAGCACCGCCUGGGUCCGCUGGCUUGGUUGACCGUCGCCCCCAAAGUGGUGGAAGCCUUGGGCCCGGCGGAAGAAGCCAUUGAGAUCCCGCAGAUGGUGCAGAUCCUCUUUGAAUGGAUCUGAACGGGAGUCGGAACCACCCCACACCAUGAAUAGGGCUCACCAGAUGUACACACAAUGUUUUUGUUGUUACAACGCUCUGUUUCUGGAGAACAUGGUUGCUGCGGUCCAGCGAGGAAGAAGAGCCAGCGGAGACCCAUCUGGAGAGCAUCGUUCAUGAACUACCACACUUUUUUGCAGUGUUUGGAUGGAGAAAAGUAUUAUUUGGCCUCCCAAAUUUCCCAAAAUUAUGCCCACCCAGGCCUUCUGUUUAUGUUUGGAGCAGGGAGCCUCCCUUUCUCAAUUGACCCAUCUGGAGGGCAUCGUUCAUGAACUAGCACACAUUUUUGCAGUGUUUGGAUGGAGAAAAGUAUUAUUUGGCCUCCCAAAUUUCCCAAAAUUAUGCCCACCCAGGCCUUGUUUAUGUUUGGAGCAGGGAGCCUCCCUUUCUCAAAUGACCCAUCUGGAGGGCAUCGUUCAUGAACUAGCACACUUUUCUGCAGUGUUUGGAUGGAGAAAAGUAUUAUUUGGCCUCCCAAAUUUCCCAAAAUUAUGCCCACCCAGGCCUUCUGUUUAUGUUUGGAGCAGGGAGCCUCCCUUUCUCAAAUGACCCAUCUGGAGGGCAUCGUUCAUGAACUAGCACACUUUUCUGCAGUGUUUGGAUGGAGAAAAGUAUUAUUUGGCCUCCCAAAUUUCCCAAAAUUAUGUCCAUCCAGGUCUUCUGUUUAUGUUUGGUGAACAAUUUUGAAGAAGCCAGCUUCCCUUUCCCAAUCCCCCCUUGAGCUGGAUUCAGAGGGGAUUCUUCUGCCUCUGUCUUCCCCAUCCAUCCAAAAGUUGUGUUGGAGAUUUUCUUGGAUGGGAAACGAAGCC